UUCCCGCUCCACCUGCGGGCGAGCGAGCUGGCCAUGGGCGGCCGCGGGCCGAGGGGCGGCCGGGCUGAGCCCUGAGCCCUCCGGGGCCGGCCAUGGGUGACCGCGAGCGCAACAAGAAGCGGCUGCUGGAGCUGCUGCAGGCGGCGGGCACCGGCAACGCGUACUGCGCAGACUGCGGGGCGGCGGAUCCCGACUGGGCCUCUUACAAGCUGGGCAUCUUUAUCUGUCUGAACUGCUCCGGAGUCCACCGCAACUUUCCAGACAUCAGCAAAGUGAAAUCCGUCAGACUUGACUUCUGGGACGACAGUAUCGUGGAGUUUAUGACCCACAAUGGGAACCUCCGAGUGAAGGCCAAGUAUGAAGCCAGAGUCCCUGCAUUCUACUACAUCCCCCAGGCCAACGACUGCAUGGUCUUAAAAGAACAGUGGAUUCGAGCUAAGUAUGAGAGACAGGAAUUUAUGGCCGAUGGGAAAACCAUCUCACACCCAGGUAACCGAGAAGGGUUCCUGUGGAAGCGGGGAAGGGAUAACGCACAGUUCCUGAAAAGGAGGUUUGUCCUCCUGGCAAGAGAAGGCCUGCUGAAGUACUACACUAAAGAAGAGGGUAAAGACCCCAAAGCUGUCAUCAGCAUCAAGGACUUGAAUGCCACCUUCCAGACAGAGAAGAUUGGGAACCCCCACGGGCUGCAGAUCACCUACCGGAGAGACGGCCACGUUCGGAACUUGUUUGUGUACCACGAGAAUGGGAAGGAGAUAGUGGACUGGUUCAACGCCCUCCGUGCAGCCCGUCUCCAAUACCUUAAAAUGGCCCUUCCUGAACUCCCAGAGUCUGAGCUUGUGCCCCUCAUCACCAGGAACUAUCUCAAACAAGGCUUCAUGGAAAAGACUGGUCCAAAGCAGAGAGAACCUUUCAAGAAAAGGUGGUUUGCUCUGGAUCCCCAGGAGCGCAGGCUGCUUUAUUACAAGAACCCGCUGGAUGCCUUCGAGCUGGGCCAGGUGUUUCUCGGGAGCAACGAACAGGGGUACCAGGUGUUUGAAGACCUGCCCAAGGGCAUCCGAGGGAACCGCUGGAAAGCUGGCCUCACCAUCGUCACCCCCCACCGGAGGUUUGUCUUCACCUGCCCCAGCGAGAAGGAGCAGCGUGAAUGGCUGGAGAGUUUUCGGGAGGUCCUCUCCAGCCCUUUAACACCCCUCAACCUCCUUGCUGUGUCAACGGAGAGUGACUGCAGCCACAGGUGACCCACUGGCCACCCAGCGCACCUGGUGGAAAGGAGAAGUUACCACUUCGGCCUUGGGGGCCCUGCAGGAGUGCCCCCCACCCCCAGUCGGCAGCUGUCACGGGCAGUGAACUCUGCCAAGACCAGAGCUUUGGCCUUUACCUGCCGGCUCCCUGGGUCUCCCUGGGCCUCCCUGCUGCCCUAGGGGUCUGGGGAGCUGGUAAAUGUCCUCGGGGCUCGGGACACCGGAAAUGAAGGCACUGCAAUGGGAAGACACCCGUGGCAUCAGCCAAGCUUACUGGAAAAACAGAAAACAACAAAAAGUUUAAUCUGAAUCCAACCAUGAGGAAACAAUCAGACAAGUCCACAUUAGAGAAAUUCUGCAAAACGACUGGCUAGACACUUUAAGACUGCCAGUAUCAUGAAAGAUCAAGUAGUCUGGAGACUGUUCUACAUUAGAUAAGACUAAAGAGACAUAGCCACAAAAUGCAAUUCAUGAUUCUUGAUUAGAUCUUGGAUUUAAAAGAAACAGUUUUUGAGAUGUAAUCAAGAUAACUGGGAAAGUUCCAAUAUGAAUGUAUAUUAGCUAGUAGUAUUGUAAGAUUGUGAUAUUGUGCUGUAUUUGUGUAAGAGGAUGCUCUUGUUCUUAGGGAUACAUUCUGAAGUGUUCAGGGAUAAAAUAUAAUAUGUCUACAACUGACUUAAAUGGUUCAGCAAAAUAUAAAUGUAUCUGUACAUACAGAGUAUCUACUUAGAUAUACUGUGUGUAUUUAUGAAAAAGAAGGUCUGUGUACACACACACUCAGGGGGAGAGAGAGAAAGUGGACCACUGUGCAAAAUGUUAGCAACUUCAUCUAGAUGAAGUAUACCUGGAUGCUUAUUGUCCAAUUCAUGAAAAUUUCCUAUAGGCCUGAAAGUUUUCGAAUUUAAAAGUUGGGGGGAAAUUACUUUAAAAGUAUCCACUUUUCACUCUUCAAAAGUAGUGGGUUUUCCCCAUGAAUUGAAAAUGUUCCUGGGAGACUUCUACCUUUGUGCACAUCUUAGAAGAUAUAAAAGUAUAGCUAAUACAAAAGAACAAACAACCCCCUCCCCCCAAAGCACAGUGUUCCCAUCUACACACUCUGGAAGGAAAGAAGGAGGGCAGGAUGACAACUCAGCUGGACCCCAGGGAGAGAGCUAUCCAGCCUGAAUACCGUGUCUGGCCCUGCCACUAAUGCAUGUGUGUGCGCUCAGUCGCUUCCGACUCUUUGUGACCCUGUGGACUGUAUCCCCGCAGGCUCCUCCGUCCAUGGGAUUUUCCAGGCAAGAAUACUGGUUGCUAAUGAGACUGUUGGAAAACUCACUUUCCCAACCCUCUGCCUUGGUUUUUCUCUUUCAAAUGAGGAAGUUGUAGCAACUGCUGAACUGUUGGAAGCAACAGCUAUUUCUGAGCACCUCCCAGGUGCCAGACUCUGCUCGGGCAGGAACCCGAUGACGUGGUCCCCGCUGUCACAGAUUUCAGCCCACCGGACAACAGCCCUACCAGAGGGCAGGACAAUGAGGCAAGUGUUCAGAAAGGGGAAGUGUGGGCUGCUGCGAAGGUGUGUAGCAACAGGGUUCACCCUGAGCGGGAGGAGGGAGCCUCCUUCUUCUCCAGAAAGUGACGUCUAAGUUGAAACCUUAAACUGUUCAGAGAUUAGUCAAAGGGAAGAGGGCCAGGAAAGUACUCUAGGGUAAGGGAGGAAAAUGUUCAAAGGCUCCCAGAUGGGCAAGAGAAACGGAAAGAAAUCGCGGGUGGCUGCAAUGUUAGAGAAAUAGGUCUAGGCUCUAUGAUUGUUUAUUCCUUUGAGUGACGUGCAGAAAGACAUUGUUUUCAUUUCAGUGGAGAGCCAGAGGGUUGGGAGAGUCUUUAAGAGUCUCUGGUUUUUCAUGGGAUUUUCCUUUGAUCCACCGAUCAGAGGACGAGCAACAUCAUCAAGCUGUCUUUCCUGAGGCUUCCUGACUGCCCGGAUGAAGACAUGGUUGCUUCCUCUUCUGGCUCCUAAAGCACCUUGAAAUUGUCUGUUUCAGCACCUGCUGGGCUGUAUGUAUAUUAAGGGUCAUGUUACUUGCCUGCCUUUUUUUUUUUAACCACUCUGUUACACUCUGCUAAGUUCUGAGAAUGAGAGAAUCAAUAAAGGAACUUGUGGUCCAGAGAGGAAGAAAGAGAAGAAAACAGGCAAUUUGGGAUUCUUAGGAGCCCCUCGGAGGGGCCGAGGACAGAUAUAAGAGAUGGAGACUUCCUUGGUGGUCCAGUGGUUAAGAAUCGCCUGCCAGUGCAGAGGACAUAGUUCGAUCUCUGGUCUGGGAAGAUUCCACAUGCCACAGGGCAACUAAGCCCACUUGCCGCAACUAAGACCUGAUGCAGCCAAGUAAAUAAAUAUUUAAAAAAGAACACUUUAUUCAAGAUGGUGGGACACAGGUACACCCAUGGCUGAUUCAUGUUGAUGUAUGGCAAAAACCACCACAAUAUUGUAAAGUAAUUAGCCUCCAAUUAAAAUAAAUAAGUUAAUUUUUUAAAAAAGAAAACACUUUAUUAAAGAGAAGAAUCUUGGCAAACUUUAAGUAGAAUAAAUGCAAAGAAAGUUACACUCAGGUACAUUACUGCCAAUCUGCUGAAAACCAAAGAUAAAGAUUUUGAAGGCAGCCAGUGAAAAAUGAUACAUUACAUACAAGGAAAUACUGUUUCUUUUCAGAAACAAAGGAGGCCAGAAGACAGUGAAAAUAAAUCUUUAAAGCUCUAAAAGGAAAAAAAAUCAGGGAGGGGACAUAUGUGUGCUUAUGGUGAUUCAUGUUGAUGUUUGGCAGAAACCCAACAGAAUACUGUAAAGCAAUUAUCCUUCAAUUAAAAAUAAAAAAAUUUAAAAAAUUAAAAAUAAGGUUAAAAAGGAAAUUAAUUUCUAAGGGAAAAAAUCAAAUUAGAACGCUAGAGAAAACCUCUUUCAAGAAUAAAGGAUAUGUAGGUAGAUAUUGGGGCUUCCCUAGUGGCUCAGAUGGCAAAGAUUCUGCCUGCAAUGUAGGAGUCCUGGACUCAAUCCCUGGGUUGAGAAGAUUCCCUGGAGAAAGGAAUGGCUACCCACUCCAGUAUUCUUGCCUGGAGAAUUCCAGAUAUAUAUAUCUGGAAUACAUAUAUCUGGAAUUCUAUAUAGAUAACAAACCAAAAAAUCUUUAGAAAAGAAGGCAAAAUGUCACUGAAUUGAACACCUAAAAAUGAUUAAAAUGGUAAACUUCCUGUUGAUAUUUUAUCACAAUAAAAAAUGCAUGAAGGUAGAUUUUUAUUUUUAAAAGGCAAACAAAAAAUAUUUCCCAUAAAGAUAAGCAUAGAUUUCUGACAGAAUUGCAGUAUAAGAAAUACUAAAGAAAGUUCUUUGAGGUAGAAGGAAAUGAUACGAGACAGAAACUCUGAUCUGAUCUAUAAAGCGUAAUAGAAAUGGUAAAGAUAUAAGUAAAUAAAAGGCUGCCUAUUUAAAGCAAGAAUUACAUGUGUUAUGGUUUAUAGCACCUAUAGAGGUAAUGUAUAUGACAACUACCUCAUGGAGGCCUGGAGGGGAAGUAAAUACAACUAUACACUUCAAGCUUCUUAUAUUUUACAUGAAGUGAUACAAAAUGAAGUCUAAGUAGAUUGUGAGAAGUCAGGGAUGUAUACUGUAAUUCUUAAUGACUCAUAGCAUGUAGUACAAAGAGGUAUAGCUAAAAAGCUAACAAGGAAAUUAAAACAGAAUUUUUAAAAGCAUUUGAUUAACCCAGAAGAAGGCAGGACAGGAAGGACAAAAUGAAUAAAAAAAUAGAUGGGAUAAAUUGAAAAUAAAGAGCAAAAGGGAGACCUGGUCAUAUCAAUAAUUAAUGCACUCAAUAUUAGUGGAUUAAACACUUACAUUAAAGUACAUGAUUGUCAGAGAACAUAAGGAAUCAUGACCCAAUCGCAUGCUGUUAAAAAGACAUUUUAGGGUACAUCCCUGGUGACCCAGUGCUUAGGACUCUGCCCCUCUACUACAGGGGGCACAGGUUCAAUCCCUGGUCAGGAGAAGAUCCUGCAUGUCACAAGGUCUGACUCUUCCUCCAUAAAAAGACAUUUUAAGACUUAGAUAAGUUGAAGUGACAAGUAUGGAAAAAUAUACACCAUGCAGACAGUAACAAUAAAACGGCUGGAGAGGCUAUACUGAGAUCAGAUAAAGUACUUUUUUCAAGAUAAGGAGUAACACCAGAAAUAAAGAGUAAUGUUUCAUAACUAUAAAAGGUGUAAUUCAUUAAAAGACAUAAUGGAUCAUAGAUGUGUCAUGUGCCUAAAAAUAUAGCCCCAGAGUACAUGCAGCAAAAAUGGGCAAAAUUUAAGGGAAAAAUAGACACAUUAAUAUAAUCAUUGAUCAAAAAAAGAAAUCACAUGGGAAAUUAGAUUUAUAACUGAAUGAUAAAAGUUUCAAAAUUGAAAUGAUGUUGCUAAAGCAUUAAUUAAAGGGAAAUGCAUAAGAAUCAGUGACCUACACAGACAACUCGUGUUUGGCCUUCCCAGGUGGUGCAAUGGUAAAGAAUCCGCCUGCCAAUGCAGGAGAUGAAAGAGAUGGUAGGUUCACUCCCCGAGUCAGGAAGAUUCCCUGGAGGGAGGACACAGCAACCCACUCCAGUAUACUUGCUUGGAACAUUUCGUGGACAGAGGAUCCUGGCAGGCUACAGUCCAUGGGGCCACAAAGAGCCAGAAAUGACUUGAGUGAAUGAGCACACACACAGACAACAGAACCUACUGUAUAGCACAGAGAGCUAUAUUCAAUAUCGUGGGAUAAACCAUAAUGGAAAAGAAUAUAAAAAAGAAUGUAUAUAUGACUGAGGCACUUUCUGUACAGCAGAAAUUAACACACUAUUGUAAAUUACACUUAAAUUGGAAAAGAAAAAAAAAAAAAAAAAGAAGGAAAAAAAAAAAUUGGAAAAGAAGAACCAAUGACCUACAGCUGCACUGCCCAAUAUGGUGACAAUAGCCACAUGUUUUCACUGAGCAUUGAAAUGUGAUUAACGUAACUGAGGAAAUGAAUUUUUAAUUUUACUUCAUUUUAUCUAAUUUUACAAUUAAAGAAAAUUUAUUUUUUGCCGUGCCACCUGGUAUGAAGGAUCUUAGUUCCCCAACCAAGAAUCAAGCCCAUGCCCCCUGCAGUGGAAGCUUGAAAUUUUAACCAUUGGACUACCAGGAGAGUCCCUAAAUUUAAAUAAUUUAAAUUUAAAAUAAGAAACUGGAGCAGUGUAAAACAUUGUUACUUCAGACACAUCUUAGUAGCUUUGGUAAGACAUAUUUUAAUUUAGCCAUUGCAUUGCAUAAGAUAUCUAUUAUUUUAGUUGUGGAAAAAAAUUUAAUGAUAUGGAAAAAAGUACGAACUAAAUUUUACAAAAAGUGAAGUAUCUUCAAUUAAGCUGCCAAAUGAUUACCUGGAGAACAUGAGAAUUUUUUUUCUAAUAAUGUCAGAGAUCAACUGAUUCAAAAUUUGAAAAAACUGUAGACUUUUUUUUUUGUUUUAGUUUUAAGUGAGUUAUGUGAUACUAGACUAACAAUGAAUAAUAUGGGUAAGUUUUGUUUCAAAGGACUUUUACAUUUAUGAGGAAAUGUCAAUCCACGGCCUAAAAAGUCAUGUUGUAGAUGUUUUUGAAUCUUUUACAUCUGUAAGAAAAGAAUUUCAGGUAGAUAUGGAAAACCCAAUCUUUAUUGUGACAGAGGGUUCCUUUAGCUAUGUUAGGUCAAAAAUUCAAAUGUUGAAAUUUUAAAAUAAGGUUCUGAUGAUUCUCAUGACUUUGUUCCAUUGUAUGACACAAAGUAAAAGUAUUUAUGUUCAGUUUUUUGAAGCAGACUAUGAAAACUGUCAUGGAUACAAUUGUUAAAAUUGCUCAGCAUGUACAUGAAAAUGCUAUGAAGCACUGCCAAUUUAUAGAACUGUUGAAAGAUAUGGAAGACAAUUCAGUGAGUUCGUAUUUUUUUACUUGAGUUUUGAACAAGUUUUACAAUUAUUUAAUGUACUGUUCAUUUCAACUCAAGAUUUUCUUGAAACUAAAGGAGUGCUUGCAAAAUAGUCAAUAAUCAAAGGCCUAAGGCAGUGUGAUUAUGUUUUCUCACUGAUGUCACACUGCAUAUGAAUGAGCUAAUUUUGAAGUUCUAAGAAAAGGUUAAUAUGUGACUUAGCUAAGCAGUUACAAGAAUUUAUGUUGAGAUGAAAACAUUUAAUAAUACAAAUCAGUAAUAAUUUUUAAAACACUUUCUAUCUUGUAUUGGGGUACAGCCAAUUAACAAUGUUGUGAUAGUUUCAAGUGAACAGCAAAGGGCCUCAGCUACACAUAUACAUGUUUCCAUUCUCCCCCAAACUCCCCUCAUAUCCAGGCUGCCCCAUAACAUCAAGCCAAGUUUCAUGUGCUAUACAGUAGGUCCUUGUUGGUAAUAAUGACAAUUUUAUACACUUUUCUAACAUGAAUCAAUAUACAGAACACUUUAAUUAUAACCAGUAGUAAUAUAAAUUGUCCAAAAAAGCUGUAAGAGGAAUUUGCAGGACACUUGAUACUGAACUUGCUCUUAAAUUUAUAUAGUCUCCCUUUAAAAUAAUACUAGUUUACACUAGAGUUUGCAAAUUUAUUCAACUUGGAGAGGCACAGUUUUCAAACUAAUAUGCUUUUCUUUAAAGUUAAAGAAAUUGGAGAAGGAAACAGCAACCCACUCCAGUGUUCUAUUCUUGCUUGGGAAAUCCCAUGGAUAUAGGAGCCAGGUGGGCUAUAGUUCAUGGGGUCAAAAAGAGCAGCUGAGUAGCUUUCAUUUCACCUCCGUAUAUACAUAACUUUAAUAUCAUACCCAUUGAGCAAAAUAAGUUUCAUAAAGGUGUUUCAGAUCUUAUUUAAUCUAAAUUAGACCUUUUGUAUCCAGAACAACAACAAUGUUCAAAAUUUCACAGGUGUUUUAUUAUUUUAUUAGUCCAAUAUUAAACAUUAAAAAUGCCUGUUCAUAAGACUUGUUUUUGAUAAGUUUAUCUUUAGUGUAUUAUUUUCCAGAUAAAUACAAUAAAUAAAAAAAAUAAAAUAAAGUUAAAGCAAUUAUUCCCAGAAGAUGAAAUAGUUUUGUCAAUGCAAAUGUGAUAUUAAACGGUUCGUUUUUCUAUUGUUUUGAAUUUUUUUUUUCUGGAUUCUGGAUACAAGUCCUUAGAGAUAUAGGAUUUGCAAAUAUUUUCCUCCAGUCCAUAACUUUUCAUUCUUUUAACAGUGCCGGUGAAGUCUUAAAUCAAGGCAUUGAGGUCAGGGUUUGUGAUUUCCUUCAUUUAAUGCAGAUUUUGGUUGGUGACAAAGUUUGGCAUUAAAAAUAGGGUGUUUGGCUUAUAUUUGGGUGUUCUGCAUUCCUAUAGAGUGGAAAUAUGGGUGAUGUAUGUUUGGUGAAAAUUAACUAAGGGAAAACUAACCAGGAGUCAGGAGGCCAGAAGCAGGUACAUACAACUCCAUGUCAAUACAGACCCCUAUAGGAAGAGAUGUACCUUGCAUCACCAGCAGGAAAUGACACUGCUUUAUUUCUGCCAGCAGGGGGCAGAAAGAUUUUUUUUUUCCUCGCCUGGCAACAGCUCAGCCAAUAAAAAGCCACUGUACUUCAAA